CUCAUCCGUUUGGUUUGUCCCGCUGGUCUCGCAGAGAGUGCGCGCGCAGUCAAGGUGUUCUGUCCGUGCAGUAAUUCGCUUCCUCGUCGCCGCUCGCUGGUCCCUGGUCUUCGCUCGAGUCUCCCGGGUCCGUCAUGUCUGUAGCCUUUGCGGCUCCGAGGCAGCGCGGGAAAGGCGAAAUCACGCCCGCCGCCAUUCAGAAGAUGUUGGAUGAAAAUAAUCAACUAAUUCAAUGUAUAAUGGAUUAUCAAAAUAAAGGAAAGACGUCCGAAUGUUCACAGUAUCAACAGAUGUUACAUACAAACCUUGUUUACUUGGCCACAAUAGCAGACUCCAAUCAAAAUAUGCAGCCUUUAUUACCAGCAUUACCAACACAGAACAUGCCUAUGGGUCCAGCAGGGAUGAAUCAGAGCGGGCCGCUGCCACCUCCUCGCUCUCACAACAUGCCUUCAGAAGGGAUGGUAGGAGGGGGUCCAUCUGCACCACACAUGCAGAGUCAGAUGAACGGCCAGAUGCCUGGGCCUAAUCAUAUGCCUUUGCAAGGGCCAGGACCAAAUCAGCACAACAUGACAAACAGCUCAAUGCCAAUGCCAGCCAAUAACCAUGGCUCCAUGGGAGGCUAUAACCACUCUGUGCCAUCUUCUCAAAAUAUGCCAGUCCAGAACCAGAUGACCAUGAGUCAAGGGCAGUCAAUGGGCAAUUAUGGACCAAGACCUAGUAUGAACAUACAACAAAAUCAAGGUCCAAUGAUGCACCAGCAGCCUCCCUCGCAGCAAUAUAACAUGCCUCAGGGUGGUGGGCCACAUUACCAGGGACAGCAACCACCAAUGGCAAUGAUGGGCCAAGUUAAUCAAGGAAAUCAUAUGAUGGGGCAACGGCAAAUUCCUCCAUAUAGACCACCACAGCAAGGUCCACCUCAGCAGUAUUCUGGCCAAGAAGACUAUUAUGGUGACCAAUACAGUCACGGUGGGCAGGGGCCUCCAGAAGGCAUGAAUCAGCAAUACUACCCUGAUGGUCAUAAUGAUUACGGUUAUCAGCAACCGUCGUAUCCUGAACAGGGCUACGAUAGGCCUUACGAGGAUUCCUCACAACACUACUACGAAGGAGGAAAUGCACAGUAUGGUCAACAGCAGGAAUCUUAUCAGGGGCCACCUCAGCAGCAGCAGCAGCCACAGCAACAGCAGCAAGGUUACCCUCCUCAACAGCAGCAAUAUGCUGGCCAGCAAGGCUAUCCAAGUCAGCAGCAAAGUUAUGCGCCUUCUCAGAGUGGUUCAGGGCAACAGUAUCCUAAUUACCCUCAAGGACAGGGUCAGCAGUACGUGCAAUAUAGACCUUCACAGCCAGGCCCCCCACAGCCACAACAACAAAGGCCUUAUGGAUAUGAUCAGGGUCAGUAUGGAAACUAUCAACAAUGAAAGGCAUAUAAAUCACUAUAACUGGUCUGUGUACCUGUUUCCUGAGGAAUGUGGGCAUCUUGAAGGAGAGAAACUGUUCCUGUUAUCUUUCAUUUUUACCCUUGGAAAAUCAUGUAAAACUUUGGUAGUGCUGUCCACUUGGGUUUUCUUUUAUUCAAGACAGCAGAGAUUCAAAUACCAAUGCUCAUUCACAUCCUUUACACUAGAUGGCGUUGUUGCGUAAAUAACCAGCAUGGCAAUGCUAUGCAUUGGAAGUAGAUCGUUUUAUCUUGAACAUAUUGACCUUUAAUUAAAGGUUUUGAGUGAGAGUUUUUUAUUUUUUUUAUUUUGCAUUGGGUUGUAUUUAUAGCAAUUUAUUGUAGAUGAAAUAUGCAAUCCUGUAUACCAGGGGUGCCAUUUACCUGGAUUAUAAAAAGGUUUACAUUCAGCCAAACGUUUUGUGAAAUAUACUGACAACUCAUAUUGUCUUUUACAGUCUGCAACAGAACAGUCUUCUAUAUUAAGUUAAAAGGAUAAAAAAAAACAUGGUUGCCUCAGCGCUACCGUAUGUCUGAUUAUAUAUUUGUGUUUUUUUAUUAUAAUUAUUGCAAAAUAAAUAUUACAUUACCACACUUUCUGGUAGCUGGAAAUGUUUGUACCAUCGUAUAUCUUUCUAUUUUUUUUUUUUUUUUUAAUUAAUGAAAUCUUGACAUCUAAAGCUGUCCAGAAAAUAACACAGGAUAUUUUUCAGCAGUGCUGUGGUUUGUAAAAAAUUUCUAUAUAUGAGGCACACCAUCCUAUUUAAAUGUUACAGCAAAAGUUGCAAUACAUGCUGUGUCAACUGUUCAAUAACCAAUAUGCAGUACAACUCAAAAACUGGAGUAGUGUUUGGGGAUGUGCGUUUUCUCUUUUGUUUUUGAGAGCAAUUGUUUUUAACAGUGUCUCAUGUGUGGUUCUAUAACUCCCUUAAUUCUCAGACCUAGUCUUCUAAAGUAUCGUGGGAGCUGCCACACCUCUGAUCUACAUGUUUUAAUAUUAUUUUUCUUAAAAAAAAAACAAAAAAAAAACAACCAAUGUCUUUGUUUCCUAAUAAAAUAAUUAAGAUGACAUGUUUUUACAGUAUUUUCAUUUGAUUUAAUGGUUC